CACAGCGGUACUCUUGGCUUUCGACUGGUUGCGUCUCUUCGGCUGCCGGUUCAGAAAGUGUACCAGGAAGUCACUCUAUUCACCCGCGUGUCCUGUAUGAGCUGAAAUAUUACACUGUUAGUUUAAUAACCAAACGACCACAGUGUUCCAGUUGGAAAAUGGGGGAUCCAGCGGCUGAGUAUGCAUCCAGGAUUGAACAGCAGGAGAGAGAAAUAAAGCGCCUCGCGGCUGAAAUAGAGAAACUGAAGAAUCCGGAGACUCUUGGAGUUUCAUCCCAACUCGACGAGCUCCGGGAAGAGAAUACCAGACUAAAGUACCGCCUGAACAUCCUAAAGAGAAGCUUACAGGAAGAGAGGAGCGAGUGCAGCAAGACCAUGAUCAACAUUAACCAGCGCCUGCAGGAAAUCUUCGGGAAUGCCAUCGGGAACGCCUUCCCAGACUUGGAAAACCCGCCCCUCACUGUCUCACCCAAUCAGCAGGCCAAAUUUGGGGAUUACCAGUGCAACAGUGCCAUGGCGAUGGCUCAGAUGAUGAAGACCAAGGGCCUGAAGAUUAGCCCGCGAGACAUCGCAGUGAAGAUCAUUGAGAACAUUCCAGACAACAACCUCAUCGAGAAGAUGGAGAUUGCUGGACCAGGAUUCAUCAAUGUUCACCUGAAGAAGGCCUUUGUUUCCAAACUUCUGACCAACCUGUUGGUGAAUGGAGUUCAGCCUCCCCCCCUGGAAUCAAAGAAAAGGGUGGUGGUGGAUUUCUCCUCGCCCAACAUCGCUAAAGAGAUGCACGUGGGCCACCUGCGCUCUACCAUCAUCGGGGACAGCAUGUGCCGGCUCUUCGAGUUCCUGGGCUACGAUGUUCUCAGGUUGAAUCAUGUGGGGGAUUGGGGAACGCAGUUCGGAAUGCUGAUUGCGCACCUCCAGGACCGUUUCCCCAACUACCUGACUGUGUCCCCGCCCAUCAGCGACCUCCAGGCCUUCUACAAGGAGUCGAAGAAGCGCUUUGACGAGGAGGAGGAGUUUAAGAAGAGGGCGUACCAGUGUGUGGUGCGUCUGCAGAGCAAAGAGCCCGAAUUCAUCAAAGCCUGGAGCCUGAUCUGUGAUGUGUCCCGCAAGGAGUUCCAGAGAGUGUACGAGUGUUUGGACAUCCGGAUUAUCGAGCGAGGGGAGUCGUAUUACCAGGACAUGAUGACUGCUGUGGUGAAAGAGUUUGAAGACCGAGGCCUGGUGCAGUUGGACGAGGGCAGGAAGGUGGUAUUUCCCCCGGGGCAGUAUCCCCUGACGGUGGUGAAGUCAGACGGGGGCUACACGUACGACACCUCAGACCUGGCGGCACUGCGGCAGAGGCUGUUCGUGGAGAAGGCUGACAUCAUCGUGUAUGUGACGGACAGCGGGCAGUCGACACACUUUCAGGUGGUGUUUGCAGCGGCGCAGCUGAUUGGCUGGUAUGACCCGAGCGUGACCCGGGUGGAACACGCCGGGUUUGGAGUGGUGCUGGGAGAGGACAAGAAGAAGUUUAAGACCCGCUCUGGGGACACGGUGCGGCUCAUAGACCUGCUGGAUGAGGGGCUGAAGAGGUCCAUGGACAAACUCAAGGACAAGGAGAGGGACAAGGUCCUGACCCCGGAGGAGCUGACGAAGGCCCAGAGGUCUGUGGCGUUUGGGUGUGUGAAGUACGCUGACCUGUCCAAGAACCGCAUCAACGACUAUGUCUUCUCCUUCGACAAGAUGCUGGACGACCGGGGAAACACUGCCGCCUACCUGCUGUAUGCUUUCACCCGCAUCAGGUCCAUCGCCCGCCUGGCUGACCUGGAGGAGGCGCAGCUGCAGGAGGCAGCGCGCACCACGGAGGUGCAGCUGGACCACGAGAAGGAGUGGAAGCUCGGGAAGUGCAUCCUGAGAUUCCCGGAGAUCCUGCAGAAGAUCCUGGAGGACCUACUCCUGCACACGCUGUGUGACUUCCUGUACGAACUCGCCACCACCUUCACCGAGUUCUACGACGCCUGCUACUGCGUGGAGAAGGACCGCCAGACCGGUGAGGUGGUGAAGAUCAACAUGUGGAGGAUGCUCCUUUGUGAGGCCACGGCGGCCGUGAUGGCUCGAGGGUUCGACAUCCUGGGCCUGACGCCUGUGCAGAGGAUGUAGCCGCAGGAAGUCCCCUCCCACUGACCCCCUCCCCCUGUUAGCCUCAUUUUGUAUUUUACUAUACUCCAAUAAAAUAAAAAUGGCCAACAGUGCAACGA